AUGCUUUCUUUGUUGUGUCAAGUAGAUAUUCUGGUCUCCCUACUCUCCAUACCGAUCGAGGUAACAACCAUUGUAAGUCACCUUCCACCGUUGUACAGCUUUGCAGCUUUGAAAUCGGAAAUCCGGGACCCAAAGGAAAAUCCGUUCGAGACUGAUAGAAAUGUCAUCAUCGUCAUCCGUCUGUUAAAUGUGAUAUACUUUAUCGACUCGAAAAACACCACUUCUACUGCCGGUAACGAUGCCAGUACUACCAGCGGUGUCAGUGACAUCCUCAUGCCCUGUACUGAACAUGGCGGCUUACAUUGGUUCUCCGAGACUGCGCUCGCAGCAGAAGGGCACUCGCAAGAGCAAAUCUCAACUGCACGCUCUUAUAGUGAUAUAUUUAAGGCCAGACCGGACAGGGAUGAAUGGAUCAAGCUACAUGAUGUCUCUCGUGAUCUACAUUUCCUGAGUCAAGCUUCUGGCAUUCAUGCUCGUGCACGUUCCCAACCUCCUUCAGAGAGCAACACAUCCAACCGAGCUCGACACGACGAUACUGGGGAAAAUCCGACCAACCGAGAGGAUGAAGCUUCCGAGAACGACGUACCCCCUGGGAGUACUUUCGACAAGGAAGCCGGAAUUUGGUAUAGAGAUGGGGUCAACGGUUCUAGCUUUGGGCCUCAAUAA